AUGAACAAUACCACAAAGAACAACAACAACAAGAAGCGCAGCAGCACCGCCGCUGGUGGCAUCAGCAACCCCAAGCCAGCCAAGCAGCCCCGCUACGACCCCUAUGGCGACGGCAAGGGGGCUCGCCGAAUGCCGCGCUCGCGCGACAAGCACCAGAACUACGAGUACAACCGGCUCGCGGCCACCACUGAGUCCCUCCCACGCAACACGUCCGAGCUGCAGUGGGCCUAUCGCGUCUUCGGGCCCGGCCACAGCGUCAUUAGCAAGUUGGACCAGGCGCUGUUUGACCUUCGUGAUUCCAACCUGCCCCUAGCCCAGACGAGGCGUCAGGAGUUCCAGGAGACUCUUGGUCUUUAUGGCGCUGCGUUUUAUGAGCGGGUCGGGCAGGCUUAUGCUGACUACCGGGCGGAGAUCGAGAGGGUGAACGAGGUCGAGUAUGAGGAGAGGAUGCGGGCGCAGGAAGAAGAGGAGAAGAAGGCCAAGGAGAAGGAGAGGCUGAAGAUGGCGUUCGAGACGCAGGACAUCAUUGACCUGGAGGCUCUGGACAGGAGCCCCACUCAUAACAAUGCCACCCAGCAAGUCGAAACUGAUACAGGAGGACAAACGUCUGCCGCCAAUGGUCAAGCGUCUUCCAGCAUCCAAGAGCCUGUCAACAUCCAAGCGUCUUUCAGCGCCCAAGAGCCUUCCAACAACGUCCAGCAGUCUCAGAACAUCCAAGGGCCUUGCAACAGCGACCACAAUACCGACAAGCCUGGUACUGAUGGUCACAACAGUCCUGCCAGGGGCGAGAUCCAAAAGAAGGCAGACGACAACGAAACCAUGGACGAUGGGACCGAGAAUGGCAAGCCAGACAACGGCGAGUCUCACAGCGACGUGAAUAAGAAGGAACAGCUGAUUCCCGACGAGUACUGGAUGAGCCAAGACGAAGCUGACGACGUCCUCAACGAGACGGGCAUCCGAAUCAAGAAGAUGAACAAGAUGUGCAAACAGAUCACCCUCGUCUACAACAAGGAUUUGAAACAGCUCCAGAAGGAUGGUCUCGACGAGAAGGUCGAUGACAUCCGGGGCUACCUCCAGAGCGUCAGCGACUUCACCGGGAACACGCAGGUGGUCAUGGAAAUGAUCGCCGGCGAGGAGAACUGGGUGUGGAAGCGGCAACGCUUCAACAACAAGUCAAUCAUGACACUGAUUGAGACAAUUCGCGAGCUGGAGAAACGCGUCAGCGACCUGCUGAUCGAGCUCAAAGUUGUGGCGGAGAUGGUCCAGGAGUGGGAAGGCCGGCAGAGCAGCAUGAAGACGGGCCCGGCUCAAAAAGAAUUUGUUGAGGCCUUUCUCGCGCAGGUGAAUAAGUUCAUCAUGGUCGCUUCAUCCAAAGCGACCGAUUUCAAGAGCUUCGUGACCAUGGAGCACGACCUGGGCCAGGCCGAAGCUGAGGACAAGGACGGGAUUGAUGACGGCAGUGAGCAUGAGGGGGAUGAAGACCCUGGUGAGGGCGAUGAUGACGAGGAAGAGAUCAAGGAAGUGGUCGAAAUCGACGUUGAGGACGAGAUCUAG